CAAAACCCAGCCUCCACCCCUUCUCACUCAUCGAGCACGCUCUCUGUUCUCCGUGGUACUCAUUCGGCGGCAGUGGACUGCGAGGAGGUCAAUGGCGGCGAGGCAAGGUUCGGUGAUGACACAGCUGACAGUGGCGGGAGGCACGAACGUCGGCGGCUUCUUCAGUGGCACCAGGGAGCGACGGCGUUGCACGAAGCUUCUCCAGCGACGACAACGGCGCGGUGGCGGUGCGACAGAGGCUCCCUCCUCCUCUGCCCCUCGCACGACUCUUCCUUCUACCCUGAACGGCGCCGAUGGCGCCCUCCUUUCCCGGCGACAACCCCUCUUCUUCGGCGCUGGUGGCAUCAGCGGGAUGGAUCCGAUGGCAGGACACGGUAGCGUGGCAGCAAGGCGUGGUGGCGACGCCGUUCCUCCCUCCGGAUCUCCCUCUUCUCAGACCCCUUUCUCUCUGGUUCUAUUCUCCACGAAAGCAACAGGCAUGGGUAGAGGGGCAGCAGCUGCUGCUGCUGAGUGUGGGUGGAGGGAACCGGGUCGGACUUUUUCGGCGACGGCAAGGGCAGCCAGAAGCUCCGACGGUGCUCCGGAAGGUCACAGAACCACUCCCGGCGGUCCAAAACCCCUUUCUGACAACGGCAGCUCCGGCAGAGGCAGCUCCGGCAGAGGCAGCGCCGGCGACACAAACGGUGGCUGGACACAGUGGUUGGACUCCCAGCCCAGCCUCCAUCCCUUCUCACUCAUCGAGCGCGCUCUCCGUCCUCCGUGGUGCUCAAUCGGCGGCAGUGGACUACGAGGAGGUCAACGGCGGCGAGGCAAGGGCUUCUUCAGUGGCACCAGGGAGCGACGGCGUUGCACGAAGCUUCUCCAGCGACGACAACGGCGCGGUGGCGGUGCGACAGAGGCUCCUUCCUCCUCUGCCCCUCGCACGACUCUUCCUUCUACCCUGAACGGCGCCGAUGGCGCCCUCCUUUCCCGGCGACAACCCCUCUUCUUCGGCGCUGGUGGCAUCAGCGGGAUGGAUCCGAUGGCAGGACAUGGUAGCGUGGCAGCAAGGCGUGGUGGCGACGCCGUUCCUCCCUCCAGAUCUCCCUCUUCUCAGACCCCUUUCUCUCUGGUUCUAUUCUCCAUGAAAGCAACAGGCGUGGUUUUCCUUUUGCCUCUGCGUGUGGGUGUCUAGGGUAGAGGGGGCAGCAGCUGCUGCUGUUGAGUGUGGGUGGAGGGAACCGGGUCGGGUAACGGGUCACUGGGUUAGGGUUUCAUUUUUGAAAAU